GUUUGCCAUGAUCUGGACUGAGGCGGAUGAGACCAGGAACCAUUGUUCUGCUCAUAAUCCGAGCCCAAGACGAAAUUCAGGAGGUUUUUCAUGCGUCCAGAAAAACCGCACCUCCUUUUCAUGGGUUGUCGAUCGCAGAUGGUUGACACACUUAUCAAAAAAUUUGGAUUUAUUUAUAAAGCUAUCUCAUAAGGCUUGCUCUCUGUGUCUUUCUCCCCCCCCACCCCUCUAUCCCCCAUCCCUCCCCCCGUUCAUUUUCUGUAGCAACCACAACCCGAGGGCGAGAUCCAGGGCCGUGCAUUUUUCCCUUUCGGUCAGCUGCUAAAUGGAAACAAAACGCGGAGCGGAAAGUGGAAACAGCCGAGGUAAUGAUCUCCCUGUCCGUUAUCUGCGGCUCCUGGCCCCGCCCUUGCAGCUCCUGUCGGCUGCAGUGUGGCAAGUCGUGCAGCGGGGACUCGUGGAUCACUAUGGGAUGCUAGAGGAGUUUGUUACCAUGGUGACGGAGCUGGUCCCAGAGCUGAUGAGCUACAGUCAGAGGGCUCAGCUCAUCCUGGGCCUCAGGGCCAGGUUGGUCCUGGAGCUCUGUCGAGGAGAUCACCCAGUGGACAUGCAGACCAUUCAGCCGCACCUGGACAGAAUAAAAGCUCCGGUCAGCACAGCCAAGGAUCACCAUGUAACCAUAAACCAGGUGGAGGAGUCUGAGGUGAACUUUGUCGAGCUGGUGCACUCGUUACUGGAAGAUCCGUCUGAGAGAAAAUAUUUUUUCCAAGAAAUCUUCCCGGUGUAUUUCGGCCCAAAGUAUGACGCCGCCCUGGAGAUGCUGGUGUGGGAGUUCAUAUCAAGACUGGAUGAGCUAAUGCCCAUUCCAGACUUCAACCAGCUGGCAGCUUUGCUGACGGACGUCCCCACUUUUCUUGAAGACUGUUUACGAACAUUUUUCCCACCAGAUGACAUGAAGGCUUUACUUGAUCACCACAAGAACCUCGGCCAUUUUGAAGAAAAAGAUCCAGAACUGUUACCAAUGGAUGACUGCAUCCUCUCCUCCCUCUCGCUGCCUCCUGGAUCCAGGCCUGUUAUUGAAACCACCUCCGAGUCUCCUGCCCAAGCUAAAGACUCAAGCCCUCCAGCACAUCCUGGAGCUGCGAGCAACACCAGCAGCCAAGAGAAGCCGAGCACGAGGGCGUCUGACACGCUCAGACAGAAACUGAGGGAGGAGCGGGAGUCCGGCGCUUGGCAGCUGCAGGUCAGGAACUUGACCACUUCUCAGGAACGGAAAAUGCAGAGCUCGACGCGGCCGUGCAACGAAACCAUUGACCUCACUAUUUCCAACGAGGGGGCGGACUCGGACUCGGAGGCCAGCGAGAGCACCCACAGCCUGUUGGGCUCUCAGAGCUCCAGAAAGAGGAAGCUGAGUGGAGGCGUGGACGUUCCCAGGAAACAAAAUGCCGAGGCUUCAGCCGUUCUAAAUUCCUCAGUGGAUGAUGAGAAUUCAGGUGAAUCUCCCCUGAUCUCCAUAUGGGGAGAAUAUACAGACUCUCAGGAACGCUCCUUCCCCGUUCUGAUGGACUCAAAGGUCCCCUGGUCAGAUGAAGAGACGCUCCAUCUGCUUGACAUCUGGGGGAAGGAUUCGGUGCAGCAAGCCUUGAAGGGCUGCUUGAAAAACCGGCACAUAUUUACUCAAAUCGCGCAGAAGAUGGCCGAGAGGGGCUACAUGAGGACUGUGGAGCAGUGCCAGACGAGGAUCAAACGACUGAAGAAAUGCUUCCGCCAGAGCCUCAAAGGGAACUCCAGGCCGGACCAUAAAUUUUACUCAAAGCUUGAGCAGAUCAUCGGCUCGUCGUCCGCCUCGUCUCUCCCUGAGAUAACCUACGAUGUGGAGGAAGUCGUCGACGACGACGACGACACCCAAGACGGCGAAGAAGACUUGCAGUUUAUCGGACACUCCGGGCAGCUAGAAAUCGGAACUCGAAGCGUGCCGUGGACAGACAUGGAGACCCUGGCCCUCAUCAACAUUUGGAGCACCGACAAAAUGCAGCAGGACCUGAGAGGGAACCGAACGGGACACCUUUUCUCCAUCAUAUCCAGCAAGAUGGCUGCCCUGGGCUUCUCCCGCACGCCGGAGCAAUGCCAGACGAGGCUGAAGCGGCUCAAAUCCAGCUUCAGGCAGUGCUACCAAAACAAUUUGAAAGGACAUGAACAAGUUCAGUGCAAGUUUUACAAUGAGCUGGGAAGGAUUUUGGUCAAGGACUUCCAGUCGGUGAUGCAGCUGGACGACAUGUUGAUGAAGGACGAUGACGGCGACUUUCCUUCCUUCAGUCACCAUAACAUUGAGUCUGCUGUGGGAGUUCAGGAGGACCGAAAGAAAGUGCCGUGGUCCGACAAAGAGACCAUCAUCCUCCUGGAGGUUUGGGGCGACCCUCAGAUGCAGCAGUGCUUGAGGCGCUACCCGCACAACGGACACAUCUUCACAGAGGUGUCAGAGAAGCUGAAUGCCAACGGUUACUCCCGCACCCCGGAGCAGUGCCACACCAGGAUCAAACGGCUGAAAGCCGCCUACCGCCAGUGUAAAGAAAACAUGAGCUCAUCUGGGACGGACCGAGUCGACUUUAAGUUCUACGAUCUGCUGGAGCAGAUUCUGGACAAGCAGCCGUCGACGUCGUCCACCAUCAUAACCGACUCCAUUGAAAUAUCGGAAGACUCCAACGGAGAGUCUGGAACAGAGAGAGAAAGGUCAGCAAUCCCAGAAUUACCGCCAACUCUCAGUGCUGCCUGUUCUGCACCAGAUGGAGAGAACCCGGACGUAUCGGCAGACAAACCAGCGACCAGCACCUGGUCGGACGAGGAAACCCUGGCUCUUAUCGAGAUCUGGGGAGAUGUGGACAUCCAGAGGGCUCUGAGGGGCUUCAUCCACAACGGGCACGUUUACGCCGAGAUCUCGGAGCGGCUGCACGACCUCGGCUUCUCCAAAACCCCAGAGCAGUGCCGCUCCAAAGUCAAGUCGCUGAGGAUCAACUUCCGGCAGUGCUACGACAGGAAGAAGAGUGGAAGAAAAAUGGAUUACAAGUUCUACCACCAGCUGGAGGGGAUCCUGGGCCAGGAGGCCGUGAGCAUCGAUGAGUUUGACGAGCGGGACGAUCAAGCGGCCAUGGAUCCAGGGUCUUCGGACGAGCAGACGAACACGCCGUGGUCGGAGGAAGAGACGGUGGCCCUCGUCGAGGUGUGGGCCGCUGACGACGUGCAGCACAGCCUGAAGAACUCCAUGCGCAACGGCCACGUGUACGAAGACAUAUCCGAGAAGCUGGCCACCUAUGGCUACCUGCGGACGGCGGAGCAGUGCCAGCUGAGGAUCAAACGGCUGAAGAAGACGUACAGGCGCUACUGCAACAGCCGCAGGAACGGAGGGCGGCCGGCGGUGUUUCGGUACUUCAACCUUCUCGCCCCGGUGCUCGGCAACGAAUUAGUGUUCGUAGAUGUGGACGGUUCGGCCUCCGAUACCGCCGUAGAGCCCCUAAUGGACCACGAUCCUGCAAUGUACGAGCAGCCCUCGACCAGCCACAUCCUGGCGGACAUGAGCAGAAAGACGCCCUGGUCUGACCUUGAGACUCGCACCCUCCUGGAGAUCUGGGGCGAGGACAGCGUCCAGCUCACCCUGAGGGGCUGCCUGAAGAACCGACACGUGUUUGAGUACAUCUCAGAGAAGCUGAGCAACCACGGCUUCAUCAGGACCACCGAGCAGUGCUACACCCGCAUGAAGCGCCUUAAAUACAGCUUUGUCCACGAAAAGGAGGAAUUCAAAUUCUUCAAUGAAAUGGACAAAAUCUUUAGGAAGGACCUGAACAUGGAGGACUCUGCUGUCAACCCGUUCACUGUAGACGAAACGGAGGAGCUCGCCUCUGAAGCGCACCAAGUGAAAGCCUCAAGUAACCACUGGCUGGCCGACAGCUCCAAGAUGGCCUGGGGGGACGGAGAGACGGAGGCCCUGCUGGACAUUUGGGGGAGCGCUGAGAUCCAGGAGAAUCUGAAGGGUGGCAACAAGAACAAAAGCAUCUAUAAGCAGAUAUCUCAGGUCAUGGCCAGCCAGGGCUACCUCCGCUCCCCUGAACAGUGUCAGUCCAGGGUGAAGAGGCUGAGGGCCAACUUCAGACAGUUCCUGGAGGGACGACAAGGGGAUAAACAAGAGUGCAAAUAUUUUGAGCAGUUGGUGCAGAUCUUUGGCACCAAGUAUGUGAUGAACUCUGAUUCGCUGACUGACGACACACCUGACGUCAUAGAGUCAUGAAAUCCUUCCUCUUCACGAUGAGGAUGAAACAGCCGCAGAUGGACGUGCAUCAUCCAGACGAACUGAGACGUUGAUGCUGAAAUAUUUACAGAAAAUCUCUCUGUACACACUUUAAAUACUUCGACAUUCUUUAGAAAUACAGACCUAGAUCAGACUGAAGUUGUGUGUGUGUGUGUGUGUGUGUGUGUGUGUGUGUGUGUGUGUGUGUGUGUGUGUGUCCCUUCUCUUGAGUGUCUUGUGAUAAAUAAAAACCAGAGCCAUGACACGAGGCGCUCAGGACUCAAGGGAAGCCAAACGCAGCGCUCCUCGGCGAGAACAUGUUUUUGUAGUGAUUGAUUUUUACUUGAAGCUAAAGAGACUGAAUCCAAGCACACGUGAGUUAAGAAACGCAAAUCAGCUGUCGCCACAAACUUGCUUUUUCAUCGCACUCCCUGCCCCACUCUGUUGCGUCAACUGCACAUGUUUAUACCGUUUUGAAAUCCACGUGCUUAAAAAGAAAAACAUUCGAGUCUCUUGUUCUGUACUCAGUGUGAGUUAACGUUGUCCAGAAUUUUAUUUAUUUAAUUUAUAUAUGUAUUUUAUAGGUUUAAUCGUGUCGCCAAACCUUAUCGCAGUACAUUUGUGCCACGAAAUGUGUCAAAGUUUUUCAUAUUCAUUAAAAACAAACAUGCAUUGCCUGA